AUGAAACUUCUUACGUUUUCCCUCUCCUGUCUGGCUCUCUUGAGCGAGGGGUUCCUUUCGCGGGCAAAGCGUUUGUUGAAGUUCUUACCAUCACUAAAGGAAGAAGGAGAGUUGUUCGUGGAGUCUCCGUACGAUUGUGAGCAUAGUGGCUUUAUAAGUCUCAUGAAAAGGAAUCCCCUCUACUUUUGCUUUUUUUUGGGUGAAGGAGAUAAUUAUGGCCUACUCCUUCGUACCUACAAUUCGGAAGAUUUAAAAUGGGAACCUCCAACAAACGUUUUAGUAACCAAGCAAAGAAUAAGCAUGUAUACCUUCAUUGACGAUUACAUUUCUGAAAAAUUGAUACUCAUUUAUUCAUAUGAUCAAAAAAUACGAGUUACUGUUUUUAACGAUUACAAAGAACCAUCGAAUGAAACAUAUAAAAUCGGUGUGAAUUAUGAAAUCGUGCAUAUGGCUAAUGUAACAUCGACAAUUACCUACAUGUUCAAGAAUAGGAAAUCGAUAAUUGUAUGUGGCAUGAACAGAAACAACAACAUCCUUUGCUCCUUUUCCUUUGAUUACGGAUUAACAAUGAAGGAUGAAAAUUCAAUUGAGUUUAUCCUAAGGACGAAGAUUCCCAUGGGUACCUACAAAAUGGAUGUACAGUUCAACCACAAGUACGUUUACUUCAACCUGUACGACGACGUUAUCCAGGAUAAUGAUUACGAGAUCAAGUGUAUUCAAGGGAUUGACAAGGAGUACAUGUGUGAUAUCUUGACCAAGCCACUUAAAGAAACGGAAAUAAUUCAAUAUAGAGGUGUCUUGCGGAAUAACAUGUUUCAAACUAUCGUGUACGACAUGAAGGACAAAUGUUACAUCGGUUGGUCGUUCAACUCCAUUAACAUGAACAGUGAAAUCGAGAUGCUCAUUUCGGAUUCACCCUGCUCUCACGUAUCACUCUUUCAUCAUGGUACUUCCUUGGUGGUGGCUUAUCAGCGGGGACCUCCCGCACCACUGGGCCCCCAGUUUUAUCGGAUCUUCGAGAACCUGCACCAGAAAGGCGCUGGGUGCGAGUUCCGCGUGGACGGAAGCCUGUACGUGGCCAGCACCUUUACCAACCAACAGUGCAACAUCGACAUGGAGAACACAGACGUGAACCCAGAGAAUGAAGAUGAAAUCAGCUUUAGUAUCGUGGUGCCAUCUCAAUACGAUAUACAGGACUCCACCUGUUUUGUCUCCAACGAAAUGUACGACAAUGAUAAAACAACUUUGUAUUAUCUCCAAAAAUAUCAGGUGGAUCAGGAGAACCUCUCCAUUUUCACCUUCCUGUUUUAUCGCUACAUAAUAGACCACACCAAUGUCAAGGAGAGCACAUGUAUCUUUAUCCAUGAGAACAGGAAGGAAAAGCUCAAGGUCUCUCUCACCUUGGAAAGUUCCUACAGGGUGGACACAUGCGAUAUUGGAUCAGAUGAUUUAUGCGACUUCAUUAUCCAAGGAAAAAGCAAAAUAGUUAUCCAUUUCAAUGAACAAGAUUGGGAAGUGGAUAAUCAACUCUUGAAUGAAUCUCGUGUCCUUUACAAUGGAAUACAUAUUCCCCUACAUAACCUACUCAGUACAUCUAAUAUAAACGACCUCGUUCAAGUAACCAAGAAUGAAAUUUCCAUUUUUAUUCCUAAUAUAAUUCCUAGUAGUAGAACCGCCAAAAUUGUAUUUACCAGUAGACACGAGGACGGAAAGACCAAAAGUGCAUACCUCAGAGUGCAAAAAAAUAUGAAGCCAAUAAAAAAAGUGCUUGGAAUAAAUUUUUCCUCAUCCUUUGACAUCACCUACAAAUACUUUAAGCAUUAUCAGGAAAAUGUAAAAUUCUUGCUAAAUGAAUUUAACGAGACUAACUACAUAGGGAUGGUGUGUGAAACACACAUACAAAUUACAGCACCCCCAUGUAUGCUCACCCUAGUCGAUCAGUCCCAUAAAACCUUCCAUAUCCACUCAGUUUUCCCUCACAAGGUACCGUUCCUGUACAGUUACACAAAGAAGAAAAUUUCCUAUGCGGAAAACCUCUACAUAAGUGAAACGAGGUUUGUCGUCUUCAAGAAUUUCAACUCUAUCCUCGAAGAGAAAAAUAUAAAAUAUCUCUACAUCAAGUGUGUGUGCAAUACAAAGAACAUUGAAGGUUCGGAUACCUACAACCAAAUAGACUUCAUCAUCACCACAGAGAACAUUUCUUCGGAGAUCAUCCACUCCCGCAAAGUUAUCGAGCCUCCAAAAAAUUAUAAGGACGACAGUGAGGUGGAAGAGCACGGAAAUUCUGAACAAAAGGAGAGCAAAGGCUUCCACAAGUUUAAGCAAUCCCAUGGGUUGCCGGAACCAAGCAAAAGGGGUUUUUCCUCUUCAAAACCCUACGCGAAACUCUCCGGCCUUGAUGAUCCCUUUCGGAAGAAUAACUUCUACAGGAGCUGCGCCACCUGGUGGACACUCUCCCUGUACGCCCUCUUCAUCAUCUUCCUCCCUUAA